UUUCAUCUGGUUGUCAUUUAUGCCAAAACAAAUACAAUCUGGCCCAGUGUGCAGGUGGCCUGGAGUCAGUGUCAGUGUCAAACGCCAAAACGAAAACUGGUCACACUACACACUACAUAUGCAAUAAAUUUGUAAAUAGUUGUUAGAAAUUGCAAAUUAUGGACUUUUUACACGAAUCCUUGGCACUCGGUGUGGAUUUACUGAUUUUGGGAUUAUGUGUGCGGGAAUAUGUACAUUGUAAAAGAACCGCCAAGGUGCUAAAGUCGGCAUCACAAUAUAACAUUGAUGGCGAUUUGAAAGGGAUUGUGGAGAAGCAGCAUGAUAAAAAGGUGCCCUAUGCGGUAAUCCGUGGAACUGUGACACCAAUUGGAGUGCCCUUGCGCAGCACUUUGGUGCCCAGUGUUAGUGGUGUACUGCAAAUUGUGAAGCUUCAUGAACAUAGAGUGACAAGGGGAUUCGCCGGCUUCUGGACGGAACAUCACAAACUGUUGCAUCAAUCGACCAAUGAGAUGCCCUUCGAAUUGCGCAAUCAGUCGUAUGGCGUAGAGAUUGUCGAUGCAUUGAGUGCUGCCGUCUUGGAUGUGGAUAUGGUCUAUGACAAUUAUGAACCAUCAAAAAUAACGAUAUUCGAUCAUGUAUUUGGUUUCUUUUCGGGAGUAAGGCAACGAGGCCUACAGACCACCGAGGAAGUGCUGCGCGAGGGAAGUUUUCUCACAGCCAUUGGGGAAUUGGAAUUAGAUGGACAAACACUGCGCAUGCAACCCUCCAAACAGGGACCUCUAUUUCUGACCACAGCCACAAAAUCGACUUUAAUAAAACGUUUCGAAGAUGCCAAAUCUUCAAUGCUCUUUAAAAUUAUAUUGUGCAGCUCCAUAUCCGUCGUCUUGGUGGGAAUUAUUGUCCGAAAAUUGUAUCGCAAAAAGAAACAGGAACGUGAAGAGGCUAAAAUACGCAAUCGUCUGGAUCUGGAGCGUCGGGAAAGACGUGCACGCUCGCGUCCACAUACACUUAGCCAGGAUCAGCUGUGUGUAGUCUGCUCAACAAAUCCAAAGGAGAUAAUCUUACUGCCCUGUGGCCAUGUCUGCAUGUGCGAGGAUUGCUCACAAAAAAUCUCGAUUAGCUGCCCAGUUUGUCGUGGCAAUAUUGACACCAAGGCAGCUGCAUUUAUUGCAUAAUUCUAUGUUUCGAAUGAGAUUGUCCAUGAAGUACCUGUAUCUCAGCUUUUGGUUUAUUUUGAUUUGAUUGUUUAAAUCCGGAAAGGAGCAAAUUAUUGCUUCAGGUUGUCUUCUGUGUAUACUCAAUAUGUAUAUAUAAUAUCAUUAUCAUGUUGCGGUGCCACCUACCUUACCCGACCUCUAAAGCACUCAUGACUCAAAAUUUGUAAAGAGUGUUUUGUAUAUGUACAUAUUUAUUUUAUACAAAAAUGUUUUAACUGUUUUUUGGCAUUGGCUUUGUUGUACUAAAUUAAAGUUUUUGCUGCAUAA